AUGGGUAUGACUCAACUACUCAUGUCUGAACUCGUAUCGGGAUCAUCUCUGUGCAGCAAGAUCACGAAGCUAGCAACUACAACCUGCCCGUUGCUCGACACAUGUCCCCCUCACAGAGCAGGGUUACUAGUGCUAGACACUCACAGGAGGGCUGCAGGACUAGACACAUUUGAGCAAAAGGAAGGACAAAGGAGUGCGCUACUUCGGAACAACGAGUACUCGCUCGUCAUGUUCUCGGACAUACUUCCUUGCAACCACAUGCCCUUUUCAAAUACCUUCUCGAAAUGUGUCGAAUAUGUUUCAUCCCCAAAAUGAAUGGUCAAGCAU